AUGAAUAGACUCUUUCUUCUAGGUGCUACUGGCUACGUUGGAGGUGAUGCACUCCAUGUCAUAGCAAAUGCAUGUCCCGAUCUAGAAAUCACUGCCCUGGUUCGCAACAGCGACAAAUGUCCCGAUCUAGAAAUCACUGCCCUGGUUCGCAACAGCGACAAAGGCGCAACGGUUGCCGCUCAAUAUCCCAAGGUCCGCCUAGUCUAUGGUGAUCUCGACAAUGCCGACCUACUCAAGAAGGAAGCCUCGCACGCAGAUAUUGUACUUCAAAUCGCCGACUGUGAUCACGUUGCUUGUGCUGAAGCUCUGAUUGCUGGACUUGCCACUCAAGACAAGAAAACUUAUUUCAUCCACACGUCAGGUGCCGGCAUCCUGUGUUUCCCUGACAUUGCAGCUGGCACCUUUGGCAUCAUGCGAGAGAAGGUAUUCGAUGACUGGGAUGGUAUUGACGAAGUCACAUCUUUGCCUGAUGCUGCUGUCCAUCGCAACGUCGAUAAGAUCAUCCUAGGCGCUCACGCAGCAUCUGGAGGAAAUAUUGACACUACAAUCGUCUGUCCGCCUUGCAUAUAUGGACCAGGCCGUGGCCCGGGCAAUCAGCGAAGUAUGCAAGUGGAGGGUUACGUCAAGGCCACCCUGGAACGAAGCAAGGGCUUUCUUGUCGAAGAAGGUGCCAACAUAUGGAAUCAGGUCCAUGUCCAAGAUCUCAGCGAGCUAUUUGUCGCUCUCAUAAAAGCAGCUUUGUCUCCCAAUGGCGGCAAAGCCACCUGGAACGACAAGGGCUACUACUUCGCUGAGAAUGGAGAAUUUGCAUGGGGAGACAUCGCCCGGGAGAUCGCAAGAUGCGCAUUCGACAAGAAGUUGAUCAACAGCAACGAGCUUGAUACUCUUGACAAGGACGGCGCCAAUAAGCUGAUAGCUAUGGGAGGCUAUCUGUGGGGAUUCAAUUCUCGCGGUAGAGCCAUCCGCGCGCGAAAGCUAUUGGACUGGAAACCCACCCAGAAGAGUGCACUUGACCUACUUCCUGAGAUCAUUGACGCUGAAGCGAAGGCGUUGGGCAGGUUGAAGACUCAUGCUGAGGAAGCUGCAGAGGGUCGCAUCUUGAGAUAA